UUUUAUCGGUUGACCCAGCACGUGGGUUGUUUGUGCUUUGAACCUCAUCGUCACAUCGUCACCAGAGUCAAGCACAUCGAGAGCUCGUCACAGCAGAGAAACUGACUGCUCAUCGAAUAAAGGCGAAUAAAUAAUAAAAGAUCAAUGGAUAGCUUUGUCAUUAACACUUUGACAGACUGGCAGCUGACAGACCUUCUCGAAAGCUUUAAAGAGGAGGGGAUUGAUGAGGAGAGUUUUCUUCUUUUAGAUGAGGCUACAAUCAACCAGUUGAUCCCAAGAGCUGGCCCUCGGCUGAAGUUCCUAAAAAAAUUUAGAGGACUUGUAAGAUGACAUGAAACGCUAAUUUAUUCAGUUUCCCACACACGUUAUUAUUUCAGACGGAUUUUCUUUCGGAAUAUGGGUUAUACUUGCUUUAAGUGCAAAAGGCAAAUUUCAGGGGGUAUCAAGAGUCUUUUUAUGCAUUUACGUGCAGUACACCAUGUAAACUCAGCAUCAACAUAUUUCCAGUGCAGUGAAAGUGGUUGUGGUAGGACAUUUUCUUACAUAUGGUCUUUUAAAAGACACUUGGAAAAGGAUCAUAACGUUGUAAAUACUCUUGAUGACCCCUUUGAAGCCACACCUGUUGAUUUAAAUAAUGUUGAAAUGCUGAAUGCGGAUAUGGAGCCAGCACAGGGAGAUGAGGAAGUUGAGGAGGAUUGGGAUGAACUACAGCCAGAGUGCAUUACCAAUCGGGUGGCCCUCUUUUUAGCCCACCUUAAAUCUAAAUCUUCAAUGACAUACUCAAACUUAAACUUUGUAGUUCAGCAUACCUCCAGUUUAAUUAAUAAUAUUGUCAGCGGACUGCAAUCAAAGACUAUGUCUUUAUUUCGUCAGUUUGGUCUUGAUCAAAGCCCAGAGGUACAAGAGCUUGGGGUGGAGUUCACAGAAGCAGCUGAGCCUUUCAAAGAAUUGGCGACAGAUUAUAAACAGAUGAAGUAUUUUGCUAAAUCUGGAAACUUCAUUCAGCCAGUUGAGGAGAUUCUAUCUGGGGUUUCCUAUGUUCAGCCAAUGGCCUCUGCCACUGGAAUUGUUAGACAAGUUGCAGUUCCUGAUUCAUAUCACCGUAUUCCGUUAAAGAGCCUUUUGACCAAAAUUCUUGAAAUUCCUGGGAUUUUACAGGCCAUGUUGGAAUGGCAGCGCAGAGAGGGUGAUGCAAUUCAGGAUGUUUUUGAUGCAGAAUUUUGUAAAACACAUCCAUUGUUCCAGAGUGAGGUUUCAAUCCCACUUGUGAUUUAUCAAGAUGAUUGUGAGAUAGUAAAUCCCCUUGGUUCUAAGACUGGGAUUCACAAGUUAGGACUAAUUUAUUUUAUCUUGAAGAGCUUGCCACCAGACCUGCUAUCAAGUUUGCAGUCACAGUUCCUAUUAGCAGUGUACAAAUCUGAUGAUGUAGCAACCUAUGGCCUUGAUGCAAUCCUGCGCCCUAUCGUGGAUGAGAUCAGAUGUCUAGAGAGUGAAGGCAUCUUUGUUAAUACCCCCAACUAUCAAGGUGUUGUCAAGUUCACAGUGAUCCAGGUAGUUGGAGACAAUUUAGGCUUGCAUACCGUUCUUGGCUACAUUGAAAGCUUCAGUGGAAACUAUGUGUGUCGCUUCUGCAAAGCAGAUAAAAGGGGUGUGAGGUAUCUAACGCUGGAAGAUCCUGCACUGUUGCGUGAUCGCAAUAGUUAUGAGGCAGAUUUGCGUACAGCUGACUCCUCCCAGACAGGUUUGAAAAGAGACAGUGUCUUGAACAACUUGUCUUUUUAUCAUGUAUCAGACAAUGUGGCAGUUGACAUCAUGCAUGAUGUACUGGAAGGGGUGGGGCCCUAUGAAGUCAAACUUGUGUUGAAUUCACUUAUUGAGCAAAAGUAUCUCACACUAGAAAAGCUCAAUUACAGAAUAACAAGCUUUGACUAUGGAUUUUGUGAUAAGGGUAACAAACCUAGUGUCAUAAGCAAUCUCAGAAACCCUGAAGCCCCCAUGCGGCAGUCAGCAUCUCAAAUGUGGUGCCUACUUAGGUUACUACCGACAAUGAUAGGUGACCUUAUCCCUAUGGAUGACAAGCAUUGGGAACUUCUACUACUUCUACUCUCGUGCAUGGAGUUAAUCUUUUCUCCUUCACUUACUGUAGCAGCGACACUGUACUUAAGCAAAAUCAUUGAAGAGCAUCACUGUCUCUUCCUGGAGCUAUAUCCUCACCUACAUUUACGGCCAAAACACCACUUCAUGCUACAUUACCCAAGAGUCAUUCAAAAACUCGGACCGUUGAGGCAGUUCUGGGCGAUGAGAUUUGAAGCUCGACAUGCAUUUUUCAAACAGGUUAGCCAUGUAACUUGUAACUUUAGAAACAUUUGUAAAACCAUGGCAUUUCGCCAUCAGAUGAUGCAGUGCUACAAUUUCAUGUGUGGAACUGUGUUGUGCCACAAUACAGAAGUUGGUCCAGGGUACACUACAUUUCUGGCCAACAUUGAGGGAUUUAAAGAGAUCCAAAGUGGUCUAGAAGGUAGUCCCCUUUUUAGUGAAUUGUAUGUGCCAGCCUGGGUUACUUUUAAGGGAACGGAAUAUAGAGCAGGCAUGACUGUAUUCCUGUCCUAUGAUCCAUAUGGAGAACCUCAGUUUGGUGUCAUACAAUCAGUUUUACUACUGGAGCAAACAUCACAUACACCAACAAUAAAGCUUGUUGUAAAGAAGUGGGAAACACAGUGGUUUGAUAGGCAUUUAUUUGCAUACAGUGUGAUUCCCACUCAAGUUUUGGCAGCUAUAGAUGUGAGAGAGCUGCUUGAUCACCAUCCCAUCCAUGCCGUCAAGUCGCACAGAGAGGAUGAAGACAGUUUUUACAUUUCUCUGCGCUAUAGACUUUUUUAGAUAAUCAGCUGAUUGCCACCAGGUGUGUGUGUAUGACGCUUGUAAAUAGUAUUUUGACAGGUUUAUAGUUGUUGAAAAUGCAUAGCUUGACAUUGUCCGGCAUAUUAGUUAAGUUUUUAGCCAUACAUGCUGCGUGAAGUGGCCAUUGCUAAUGGGAUAAGAAGAACUUCUGCAACUACUUCU